AUGUUCACAAAUAAUUUAGAAAGCCGACAAAAAAAGAAACAGGCUCAACCACAUAAUAAAACCUUGGCUUCACAAUGCAAUGAAAAUAUAGCAAUAGCAACUCAACAAAAAAUGGUUUCCACCAAAAAAUCUAUAGCUUUAGAUGAUGUUAGUAAUAUUAAUAAUCUUCCAAAUAUAUCUUCAAACCUCAAUAACGCCAAUAAUAAAGAAUCGGCGAAUAUUAGAAAUAAUAACGUCAUCUUACCAGUAUCCGCGAAUUUGAAAAAAAGAACAGCAGAUGUUGCACGAAAUCUACAAUUAAAGAAUCAACAAAUUCCUAAUAACAUUAAUUAUAAUAACGUAAUUGAGAAAAAACAAAAAAUAGAAGAAAAUCAAACAAAAGCAAUAGAAACAAAAGCUAUAACUGUCGCAAAACAAGCAAUAUCUACAAAAACAGCAACAACAAACAUAACAAAUGGAAAUGAACCUUAUGUAGCUAUUGACCCAGUAUUGGUUACAACUGUAGAAGCUGUAAACUAUGAGGCUGAAUUAGAAAAAACGCGCGCAAAAAAAAUAAGAACACAAGAAUGGGAUGAUCUUGAUCUUGAGGAUAUGUAUGAUCCCAUGACGGUGGCAGAAUAUGCUGUGGAAAUUUUUGAUUAUUUGAGAAUUUUAGAAGGUGAAACGAUGCCAAAACCCAAUUACAUGGAGAAUCAAAUAGAAUUAAGUUGGAGAAUGAGAAUAAUUCUCAUUGACUGGCUUAUCGAAGUUCAUUACAAAUUUCGUCUAUUACCUGAAACCCUGUUCUUAACAGUCAACAUAGUUGAUAGAUUUUUGUCUGAACGUGUAGUCUCCAUGGUCAAAUUACAACUUGUAGGUAUUACUGCACUUUUUAUUUCAGGCAAAUAUGAAGAAGUUUUGGCUCCAUCCAUCAAAAAUUAUAUAUAUAUGUCUGAAGAAGGCUACACAGACGAAGACAUUCUCAAUGCAGAACGAUACGUAUUACAAACUAUUGAUUACAAGUUGAAUUAUCCUAAUCCAAUGAAUUUCCUUAGACGGAUCUCAAGAGCUGAUCACUAUUAUAUUCCAGCUCGUACUGUGGCCAAAUACCUAAUGGAAAUCACCCUCCUUGAUCAUGCAUUCUUAACUUGUAAACCAUCCAUGAUUGCUGCAGCUUCACUAUACCUUGCUCGUAUAAUGCUUAAAUGUGGUGAAUGGACUGCAAAUUUGAUUCAUUACUCCACAUAUACAGAAGAACAAAUUAAACCUUGGUCAAAACUUAUUUUACAAUAUUUGAUAAUAAACAACAAACAUGUUGAUCAACUCUAUUUAAAAUAUUCUACCAAGAAAUUUAUGAAGGCUAGUAUUUUUUUAUCUUCGUCUUCAAAAUUGUCUAAUUGA